UUUUGUAAAAUGACACCAGGUGGAAAAUGAUGCAAUGUAGAAGAAUGAGUCGUAGCGAUGUUGUGUUGUACGGAAAACUUUUCUUUGACCGUGUUAACGAAGGUGUAGUCAAAUGAAAAUUAGUAGGCGUGUAAAAAUCUUACAGAAUGAAAGAGGUAGUUGUAGAUUACAGUAAUAAACUGAUUAUGGCUCCUAUGGUUCGCAUAGGAACCCUUCCCACGCGGCUCCUAGCGCUUGAGUAUGGAGCUGAUUUAGUUUAUAGCGAAGAGUUGAUCGAUUAUCGGAUGCUUAGAUGUAAAAGAAUAGAAAAUGCUAUAUUGGAUACUGUUGAUUUUGUAGACGAAGAUCAAAAUGUGGUUUUCAGGACAUGUAAAAAGGAAAGGGAAAGAAUUAUACUGCAGAUUGGUACUUGUGAUCCAGAAAGAUGUCUCCGUGUGGCCAAAAUGGUUGAAAAAGAUGUUGCUGGCAUAGAUAUUAACAUGGGAUGUCCAAAAGAAUUUUCCCUGAAAGGUGGAAUGGGAGCCGCUCUGUUAACUCAACCGGAGAAGAUAAACCAGAUUUUGACUACUCUGGUGAAAGAGCUGUCGUGUCCGAUAACCUGUAAGAUCAGAGUUUUAGAUACCGUGGAAGACACCGUCGAAUUGGCCAAACUGAUAGAAAGUACGGGAGUGUCCGCUUUGGCCGUUCACGGCAGGACGAAAGAAGAACGUCCCCAGCACCGCAAUCGAAAUCACUUUAUCAAAGCCGUCGUCCGGUCCGUUGACGUCCCCGUGAUAGCCAACGGCGGUUCGGGCGAAAUUACUUGUUACGAAGACGUCGAGAGAUUUAGAACGGAGACCGGGGCGAGUUCGGUCAUGCUCGCCCGCCAGGUGGAAAAAAAUUGUUCUAUAUUCCGUAAAGACGGUCUGUUACCGUUGGAUGUUGUUAUUAGGUCGUAUUUAAAAUUUGCAAUAGAUUAUAAUAAUAAUACGACAAACACGAAAUAUUGUAUUCAGCAAAUGUUAGGUUCUCUUCAGGAUACGCCGUGCGGCAGAGCGUUAUUGAAUGCUCAACUUAUGAAAGAUAUCUGUGAUCUCUGGAAUAUGGGUGAUUAUUACGUUAAAAAACAGGACGACUUUAAAACAAUUUCGAUGAAUUUGAAAAGACUACAUGCGGAUUGUAACUUUGGCUUGCAUCUCAAGAGACGUAAAUUAGAAAAUAACGAAAUUUGGGAAACCGAUGCAAAAUUCAUUAAAAGUGUCUUUGGAAAGGCCGACUUACCGAAAACUGUUUUGUGUAAUUGGACCAGAAAAAAUAAUAUUAAACAACCAAAUUAUCAAACGUUUCAAAUAGAGAAAAGUUUUAAAUCCAUUGUUACUGUCAAUAAUAAAAUGUAUUCUAGCAGUUGUUUGGAGAAAAAUAAGAGAAUGGCUGAACAAGGUGCUGCAUUAGUUGCACUCAUUGGACUAGAAAUCAUUAAUAAUGAGCAAAUAAAAUUAUUAUUAAAUUCUUGAAUAGAUUUUAUUAAAAUUAGUUUUUCAUCAUUCAGACUGAUGAAGAUAUACAGUACAUAAAAUGUUUUGUAAUAUGGCUUUGGCAUUAUGAAUUUGAUAUUUUGCAUCUAUUAUAUAAAUGUAUAAUAGUUUUGAUUGUUAUAUGAAAUAUAAAUAUGCUUACAGUUAAGUAUAAUUUGUGUAAAUUCAUUUAUAUAAAUUAUUCUAAUUAUAAUAAAUAGCUUUACAUUUUGAAAUUAAAAGCAAUUUAUAUUUUAAAAUAGUGAAUUUAAAUCAAAAUUGUAAUUUUAUUGAAUAAUUUGCACUUUUAACAGUGGGUGAAGUUUAAGGAAUUCUAAUAUUUCAACCCAGUUAAUGGUCUAUCUUAAAGCACAGACAGUUGAAAUUGGAAUAAAUUCCACUUUCAACUGUGCUUGAAGAUGGCCCAUUAACUGGGUUGAAGUGUUGGCAUUCCUUAAACUUUACCCACUGUUAAAGGUGCAUUGAUUAAUUCAGCAAAGGAAUUAUAAUGGCUAGUUAAUCCUUAUUGCCAUUUUAUUGUGUUAUGUAUGUAUAUAUACCUGUAGUAUAAUUAUAUAAAUUGCAUAUUGAUCAAA